AUGGAGGAGGAGAGCGACUAUGGUGAUGAUGCCGAGGGCGAAGACGAUGGUGGAAGUUUGGGCUCAAGCCGGCAGUUCGCAGAGCCGUCGCUGCCUUGGGCUGACGCCGCUGCGCCUGAGGUGCCCUCUCCACAAACGGACUUCCAGCACGCGGGAGAGGAGGAAGACUACGACUACCCUCCUGUCGACGCCGACUCGGACGAGUACGGCGACGAUGAGUACGAGCUGCCUGACAGCCCUCAGGCAGCUGAAGCCGCUACGCCGGUUGCGGGACAAGCUGCCGCAGAGGAGAGCGAGUAUGGCGAUGACGCCGAAGGCGAAGACGCCGAAGCGGACGAGCCCGAUCGCAGAAGCCGAGGCUCCAGUCGGGAGUUUGAGGAGCCUUCGCUGCCCUGGGCGGCACCGGAGAUCAAUGUCCAGACAGCGCCCGAAGAUGCCGAGGACGGCGACCCGGACGCCUACUCGGAUGAGUACGGCGACGAGGAGUACGAGCCGCCAGACAGCCCCCAGGAGCGUCCCAAGGAGGAGGAGCCUGGCUCGCAGCUCCAAAAGCAGGACACAUACGACUUCGAUGCAUCGGCUGGCGAUGCGGAUCCCAUGCAGGAUGAGUACGAAGAUGAGGACUACGCGGAUGCCAGCUUCGCGGAAGCCACGCAGGAGGCUUUUCACGAGGCAGACCCGGCCGAGGCAUCCCAGGUGGGAGAUGUGGCUGCGAUGGCAGCUCCUGGUGCGAUCGCCGCUUUCCCCGAGGAAGAGAACCUCCACUUGCCAGCAUCUCUACCUGAGGAGGAGGCAGAGCCCUUGACCGAACGUGGCGAGGAUGCGCAACCGGUUGCCCGGCCCGCCAUGGACAGCGCUGAGGACGAAAGCCAGCUACACCUGACGACUCGGGUGGAGGAGAAGGCGGAGGAGGAGGAGGAGGACGCACCCCUCACCACGAGAGACGACAAGGAGGAGCAGGAUGCGCCACUUACAGCCAGGGACGAGAAGGAGGAGGCACUAGAGCCUCCCGUCAAGCCUGCGGCUGAGGCCGAGAAGGCGCUGCUGCCCGCGCCGCCGGACGGCGGCGCAAGCAUCUGGGGCGACCAGGAACUGGAAGCCGCGAUCGCCGCCUUCGAAGCCGAGGACUUCGGGCGAGCCAGCUCCCUGGCAAAGAAGGCGACGGAGAGCCUGGAGGUAGUCGCGCGACGCGAGCUUGUCGACUCGGCCGACGUCAAUGCUGAAACCACUGACAGUGGGGACUUGUGGCGAACGGCCAUGGACAAGCUGGCAGCUGCCCACGAAAACGCUGGAGAUGCCGAGCGAGCAGAGGCCCUCUACCUCCGCAUGCUGGCCUGGCGGGAAGGUGUGGACCAGUACGAGGCGAGCAAUUUCUCCGUGGGCGAGACGCUUUUCAAGAAGAGCUCCGCCUAUAGGUCCAUCGAGGAUGCCACCUGGUUCCUCCAUCAGCUCAGACCGCAGGAUGGGCAUGCGGCGGCAGAGGUGGUGGGCCUCCUGGCCCUCGGGGAGGAGGUGGCAGCCAAAGCUGCCGUCGCAGUCUGGACUCUGGCACUAAAGCCGGAGCACCGGGAGAAGCUCACUGAUUGCGGGGCAGUUGAGCUUGUGGCCAAGGCCUUAGCUUUCCACAGCACCAACGCGGAGUUGCAAGCUGCCGGCUGCGGUGCUUUGAAACUCCUUUGCACCGGACAUCCGCUCGCUGGCAAGAAUCGGCGCCUCCUCGUGACGCGGCUCGGGGCGCCGGAGUCGAUUCUGGCUGCGAUGAGGAAUCACGCAGAGGACAUCGAGGUUUGGCGAGAAGCUUGCGGUGCGUUGCGGGCCGUCGCGCACAAGAACCCGGCUGGGGCCCGGCGCAUCAUCGAGAAUGGCGGCUUCCCUCUUUGCAUGGAGGCCCUUGAGAUACCAGACGAAGCUGUAAGCAGUACAGCUUCGAAGGCCAUCGCCGAGAUGCGCUGCGCGUCACAGGUCGGGGGAAAGCUGUCGGACGCGCAGGCAGAGAACCUCCAGGCCUUGUGGGAAGGCCGGCUGCGCGAAGAUCGCGAGACCGGGCUUCGCGUCUGCUGCGACAAGCUGCGGGAACACCUUCUGGCUGGCAACCGCGUGGUGGUCGAGGCCCUGCUCGCCAGCCUGUGUAUCUUCGUUGAAGACAACCUGCGCUACAAGUUCCUGCAUGUCAUCCCGACACUGAUCACCUGCAUGCAGGCGUUGCCGUGCAACGAGAAGAUUCAGGUGCCUGCUUGCAAGAUCUUGUCCAGCAUGACAUCGACCAGCACCCUCGGCAGCGAGCAUGAGGAUGCCAUUCAGAGACUCGCCAAGUGUAACGGCAUAGGCCCAGUGGUGCAGGCCAUGAAAGACAUGCCCUGCCACGCGACGUUGCAGCGCAUGGCGCUGACAGUCCUCCAGCACUUCACGCACGGCAGCGACGUGAACAAGACCCUGGCGGUGAGAGCUGGUGCGAUCCCUGCCACCGUCACCGCGCUGCAGCGCUAUCGGAAGGACACGGAACUGCUGGAGCAAGGCAUCCGGGCCCUCACCAGCCUUUGCGACACCCUGGGCCGGGCCUCCGUCGCUGCACGGCUAGGCGCCAUCGAGGCCGUCAUCGCCGGGAUGAAGAGUCAGGGGUUCGGUGAGUACGAGGGGCGAAUCAUCGAGCUCGCGUGCAUAACUCUCUGCAUGUUCUGUGACGACGCAAAGUUACGCCGGCACGUGCAGAAAGCGGGUGCGGCCUGCGUGGCCAAGAAGGUGAUCAACAAAGCCAAGAAUGUGGACAUUCAGCGCUGGGGCUGUGAACUGCUGCGGUGCAUCUCACAGCCAACUUGA